AUCUUUGGCGUCUAUAAAAUCGAGUAAUGGGAGCUGUCUCAGUUGAAUAGCGACAUGUUUUCCAAUAACAUCGUACUCAUCACAUUGCUGAGAACAACUAGAAGUUUGUAUAGUACUAUUCAGUUGUUUAAGCUCAUUAAUAACUGCUGCAAUUCCACUCGUUUCUUGGGUACCAGGCAAAAGGGAAUGGGAAGACAUACAAGUAGGAUUUCAGCACAGGUGAAAUUUUCCAGGAUGUUGUGGAGCCAUCAACGGCAAACAUGUGGUAAUUCAAGCUCCUCGCAAUUGUGGUAGUGAAUGCUAUAAUUAUAAAGGAACAAACAGCUUGGUGCUCUUAGCAGUCGUCGAUCAUGACUACUGUUUUAAAUAUGUGGACGUAGGCUCUUAUGGGCGAAAUUCCGACGGUGGUGUUUUCCAAGCUUCCUCAUUGUAUCCAGUGUUGGAAAAUGGGUCAUUACUGCCAGAAGGUGGAUUCCUAGUGGGAGAUGAUGCUUUCCCUUUUAAGACAUACUUAUUGAAGCGAUAUCCCAAUGAGCCCACGAUUGCCGAAAAAAAUUACAAUUACAGAUUCACUAGGGCAAGUCGCAUUUGGUAUUUUAGUAUCUCGAUUCCGUGUUUUGGCAAAACCUAUCCAGUUGCAAGAGGAAACCGCAAUAAAACUGAUUCGAACUACAUGUGUACUGCACAACUGGUUGCGCAAAUCUUCACUUCACACCUACACACCACCUGGUAGCAUAGAUUAUGAAGAUAUUCUAAAUUUCACUACGAACCUAGGAACGUGGAGAUCAGAAAUAAAUGCGUUACCAAGUAUCGCCUGUUCGCGGAUCAAUAACAGAUCAAAGAUCGCAGCUGAAAAAUUGAGAGAAAAAUACAUUUUUUUUUGUAAUGAGGGUGCUGUCACCUGGAAAAAUUAUAUGAUUAAUAAUAAUUAAAUGUAAUGAACUAUCUCAGUGGAAUAAAAU